UUUAAUUAGAGACAAAACAGCGUGGUAUUAAUAAUGGAGGAUGGAGGAUCUGGGAAAGUUGUUGUACUGGUAGACAUGGACUGCUUUUACGUUCAAGUCGAGAAGAGGCUUCAUCCUGAGCUGAAGGAUAAGCCCUGUGCCAUAGUUCAGUACAAUAAAUGGCAGGGAGGCAGCAUUAUAGCUGUUGAUUAUGAAGCAAGGAAGUAUGGUGUGAAGAGAUCAUUGAAGGGAAAGGAGGCUAAAGAGAAGUGUCCUGGUAUUCAUCUUGUCCAAGUUCCCGAGAAACGAAGAAAGGCUGACCUCUCCAAUUAUAGGAAAGCUAGCGGAGAAGUUAUGAAAGUUUUAUCAGGAUUCACAUCAGUGAUAGAAAGAGCUAGUAUUGAUGAGGCGUUUCUAGAUCUCACAGAGCCAGUCAAAGACUACAUCAAUAGUAACUCUUUUGAUUCACUGGAGUUUCAUGCUGAUCUAAAAUCAACUCAUGUUGCUGGAUGCAAUGAUGAUGAUGACACUCAUAAAGAUGAUUGUGAUUUGAGGAUUAGCAGGGGAGACUGGUUUAAGUCUUCUUGCAGUUCAGACGAGAGGGUAUUGAUUGUUGCUGCUAUACUAGUUCAGAGGAUAAGAGAGACAAUACUUAAUGAGGUCGGAUUCACUUGCUCUGCUGGUAUCUCUCACAACAAAAUGCUGGCCAAGUUAGCUGCUGGAAUGCAUAAACCAAACCAGCAGACCAUACUACCUCAAUCUCAAGUUGAUGUUGUAUUCUCUACUACAUUACUGAAGAAAGUUCGACAUUUAGGUGGUAAGCUAGGAGAACAGGUACAAGACAAGCUAAAGAUAGAGUGUGUGGGACAAUUGCAAGAAUAUUCACUUAAAGUACUUCAAGAAAAAUUUGGACUUAAAACAGGAUCUUGGUUGUAUGAGUUGUGUCGGGGUAUAUGCCACGAGAAGAUAAGCAAUCGAAUAAUCACUAAAUCGAUCGGAUGCGGCAAAAACUUUCCUGGACCUUCAAAGCUCAAGACAGCCAAAGCUGUGAAAUAUUGGCUGGAGCAGUUAAGUAGAGAACUAGUAGAGAGACUUGAGGAAGACAUGACUGAAAAUACAAGACAGGCUCAAUCCAUCACUGUUCACUUCUUACCUGAAGGUCAGGCUUCGUCUGUUGCAAGAACAUUUGCACUGCCUUCAUAUAAUACAAGCCUAAUUGUCAAUAACUCUUGGAAUGCCAUUAAUAAGGGACACAAACCUGUUACUAAUGAGGAGAGUCAUUUGACAUGGACUACGGGUAUACUGAACAUUCAUCUCUCUGCUGGCAAGUUUGUUCAGUGUGGUAAAGGGCAUAUGAAGUCACUUCUACAGUUAAUGUCAUCAGAUCAAGAAUGCAGCUUUGUUUCAGCAUCAUCAAGUCACUCCAGUAUAAUCACUGGUAAAGAAGUCACUCAAAUGACACUGUGUAAAGAAGAAAGGGAAGAUGCAGUCCUCACAACUACUCCUACAAUCACUGAGCAAGAUCAAUCAUUAGAAACGUCUUCAAUGAACAUAACAAAGUUCUUUACUCCUAUUAAGAGGAAGGGAUCACUAGAAACACAGCUGGAUAGAAAUGCCAAAAGGAGAGAAGUAGUCCUUGAGGAGAUAAAAGGGACGCUAGAGAGUGAUGAUGACACGAUUAUAGAUAAUCAAUUUGAGGCUGUUUUGUGUUCUGAGUGUGGAGAAGAGGUUCUCAAAUUCGUAUUAGAAGAACACAUGGAUUAUCACUUUGCACUCUCAUUGGACAAAGAUUCACAAAUAAAUUAAAUAAAUAAAUUAAUAUAAAUAUAAAAAUAGUUGUUUAUUCUAGAUUAAUCUUUUUAUGACGCAUAA